AAGCCCCGGGAGUAUAGAGGAAAGGGUCUUGCAGAGAAGCGCGACGCUCUAGGUACUCGUGCGAACGCCAAGGCUGGCUGGUCGGGCUUUCGAUGGCGGCGGGCUAAAGCUGUCCAAAUCGGUGGCUGCCUCUUAUGCGCACGCUAAAGCAAUAUGCAAAGCCUACAGCGUUUCAGGAAGGCAGGUGCAUCAUAUGCCUUCAGAGUAGACCAUUGCUUAUUCAUUACUCGCCACAAAUUUCAAUGUAAGGGUGGGUGGGAGUUAGAAAGUUGCAUUUGCACAACUGCACUCCACCCUGCAAUUGCAUUUGGACUGGUCCGGCAUGAUUGAUUCGAGGCUUCAUGACUCAAGGAAUGCAUAACAAUGAAAUUGAAAAAAUCUAUAUCAGACAUUCAAAAACUAACAAGCCUGCUAUCCCAGCUAUCCCAGCCUGGUUAACCCCCUAAAAACUCUGAUACCCUAUAAUUAAAUACAAUAUACUCCCAUAGAGACUACCUUAAGGCUUACACUGUGUUUAAAACCAAAAUCACAAUUGGAUAGAAACUGUUUCUCAGGCGGCUAGUCCUAGUCUUUAUAACCCUGUACCUUCUUCCAGAAGGCAGAAGCUGAAAGAGAUCAUUUCCGGGGUGCGCACUAUCCUGCACUAUCUCUGCAGCUUUCUUACGACACCUGGAAGCAUAGGUGUGAUCCAAGGUGGGAAGAGUGCACCCAAUAAAAAGCAAGCAUUAAAUAGGUCGGGUACAAUAACAGCAACCCAGGCUCCUCCCUGCCAGUAAAGUUCACCUGAACUUGCAUAUUCUUGACGUAGAGAGGAAGGGCCACAAAGCUUGGAACUUCCACUCUCUGCCAUUCCAAGCUGGCCUUUGUGCCAAGAAAUUAGAAGCGAGGCAACUCUGCCCUGCUGGGUCAGCAAUGUACAGUAUUUCAGCGACUGAAGCCCCAGAGUAGGAGAUUCCAAAGCAACGCAGCUUGAGCGCUUUUGGAGAGUUCCUUUGCAAGAUGACAGCAGGACUGGCUUUCAGCUAGCUAGCUGCCUCCUUCAGUGUCCUAGCAUACACCUUUGGUAAAAGCCUGCAAGUCUCACACACCUUUUUUAAAAAAAGUAUUGCAAACCCUCUGCCAAACAGGAAGAUACAGUUCUGAAUCAGAGCAGAGUUGCUGCAGCAGCAAAAGGCGCCUGUGAGUCAGAGAUCUGAUAGAGGCAAGCCUGAAAUGGAACCUGCUAACAUUCCCCAGAGCUGCGACUACAAGCAUGGAACUUCAGCCAGGGAUCGCUGGCAGCGGAAGAUGGGUCUUUUGGGAGUCCUGUUGCUCUUGAUGCACUGCAGAGCCGCAACCGCUGCCUCAGCAGGUUAUUUUUGGCACAUCACAGACCUUCAUCUGGACCCACAGUACAAAGUGAGCCCAGACCCCUUGAAGGUGUGCCCGUCCGCUGGUGCCCAACCGGUGGCCAAUCCAGGGGCUUGGGGAAAUUACUUGUGUGAUGCUCCAUGGAUUCUUGUCAACUCUUCUGUUUAUGCUAUGAAGCAGGUCCUCCCGAACCCAGACUUCAUUCUCUGGACUGGAGACGACACUCCUCAUGUAGCUGAUGAGAAACUGGGUGAAGAUACUGUGCUGGAGAUAAUUGAAAACCUAACCAACCUGAUCAAACAUGUAUUUCCAGAAACUCAGGUCUAUCCUGCAAUGGGCAACCAUGACUUCCACCCCAAAAAUCAAUUUCCAGCUAAGGAGAACAGGAUCUACGAUGUAACUGCAGACCUGUGGCGCUCCUGGCUCAGCAACAGCUCUCUGCAAACAUUCAGAGCAGGUGCUUUCUACAGUCAGAUGUUAUCUGGUCUUGGCCCGGCAAGGCGAAUGAUUGUCCUCAACACAAACUUGUACUAUGACAAUAAUAAUCAAACCAGCAGCCUAGAAGAUCCAGGAGGCCAGUUCCUUUGGCUGGAAGACAUGUUGACCAAGGCAGCAGAAGCAGGAGAAAAGGUCUAUAUUAUUGGGCACGUCCCUCCUGGCUUCUUUGAGAAGAAACGGGGCAAGCCUUGGUUCCGAGAACACUUUAACCAGAGAUACACCGAAAUAAUUCAGAAGCAUCAUGGAGUGAUCGUGGCACAGUUCUUUGGGCAUCAUCACACUGAUAGCUUUAGGAUGUUUUACAGUAACACAGGUUCUCCCACCAGCGUCAUGUUUUUAGCUCCAGGAGUAACACCAUGGAAGACAACCUUACCAGGCGUGCACAAUGGGGCCAACAACCCUGGCAUCCGGGUCUUCACAUAUGACCGUGACACACUGCUGGUGAAGGAUAUGGUAACUUAUUAUUUAAACCUCACGCAUGCUAACAUGGGGGCCCCUAAAUGGGAGAAAGAGUACAGCCUAACAGAAGCUUUCCAGAUCCCAGAUGGUUCCGCCCACUCCAUGCAGCUGCUGGUGGAGAAGCUUGAGAAAGACCAAAGCCACCUACAAAAAUACUACCAGUAUAAUUCAGUUCAAUACGACCUUUCAGAAUGUGACGACGCCUGCCAGACCGACCACAUCUGUGCCAUCAGGGAGGUUGAUUUUGCAAAAUACCACCAGUGUAUUCAAGCCAGAAGUGACACAGCAGUGCCUUCAGUCCCAGAGUUGGGUCUUCUGUUCUUCUGCUGCGUGAUGGGGCUUGUUACUCUAGGCCUUUGAGAGCCUUGAAUGAACUAUGAUACGAGCAUGGGCACCCGGCUUCUACACAGAAAAAGCACAGGAUGCGACCACUGCCACAGGCCUCGGCAUCCUAAGGAGAUCACCCUUCUUGGGGUUUGGGUUUUAUUCGUUUUGGCAAACCUAGGAUUGAAAGUAUGCAUACAAAUGGCUGACUAUUGUAGCUCACUGUCCUUCCAUGGGCUAUUGGACCGUCUGAGCACAGGAUUAUGACAACAUCAUUCCAGCAUCAGGCAAGAUCAUUUUAGCAGAAUAAGAAACAAAGCUUAGCGUGGUCUCCUCUCGCAAGGAGUUCCCAAAGGAUUUCUCCAACUGGGGGAAUGGGCAGUGAAAUGGCAAGUGGAAUUCAAUGUAAAUCAAGUGUAAAAUGAUGCACGGUGGGGCAAAAAUGUCUAAUUUCACAUGUAUGCUUUUGUGCUCUGAAAUGGCACUGAAUGACCAGGAACGAGUGCUUGGGUCAUAGCACAUAGCUCGAUGAAGACAUCGUUGACCCAAUGUGUGGCAGCUGGGGGGGGGGGAGUGCAUUCCAUGCAAGGGGUCAUUAGGAAAUAAAAUUGCCAAUAUU